ACAAAAGGCUGCCCUCAACGAUAGUAUUUGCUUGGCCGCCGGUCUCUGUUGUGUCAUGUUGUUUUUGUUGUGAUAUGUCAUCCAUCUAGGCUUAACCAUAAAGAAAGAUUUUAACGUUUGAAAUAUAAUUUAACAUCAAGUGUGAAGGGCGAAAUGAGAUGGAGCCCAAGCGUGUAAAAUCAUCAGGAUUACGAAUUCCUGUACCUCGACCAGAACGCUACGAAUGGGAAGAGAUAAGCAACUCUCCACCGCCCUCAACUCAAAACAUUCUUCAGCUGUUUGACACCAGUACCAUUGUGCGAGAUCAUCCUCGAAAAUAUCAGCACUUACUUGCCCAAGAAGAAGUGGUAGAUGAAAAUCCACAACCAGAGAGGUACAUUGGCAAACAGUCAAGGAGUGCCUCUGUCCAAUUGUUCAGUAGUCCGUCAUCGAUCAAGAAAACUAGUUCGUUAGUUGACUUGAAGAAAUUCUUUCAACAAGAUCAUACACAACAAGAUAACAAUGUGAAAUUACAAGAGAAAGCUCCAUUGGAUCCAAACAUCAUGACAAUCAAGGAUACAUUUCAGACAGACAAGAAUAAUUCUGCAGGCCUGUCAGCAAUUGCCCAGAAGUAUGAUGGUUUCCCUAGACUAUCAGGGCUCCAAGAGCGAAGAUUUUCAUUGGAUGAUCUGUCUGUUAUUAAAGAUCCUGUAGCAGGAAGUAAUGAUGAUUCAAUGUCCUCAACGUCAGAUGCUGUCCACAAAACUGAUAAAGUGUGUGAUUCAAACGAUUUAGUGCCAGUGUCAUUACAACCAACACCUAGACGUCUUUUUGGAAUUGGGGCUUAUUUCCAACCCCCUCCUGAAACAGUGCUACUCCCAAAAGACACUGCUAAAGCCUAUAAACUCACAGAUGAGAUUACAAAAAGAGGAAUAACUGCUUCUGGAAUUAAAGCAGGUGACAGAAGGAGUAUAGACUCUUCAGAUAGUAGUUGCAAUAAAAAGGCCCCGACGAGAGCGGAGAUUAAUAUCUGGACGCCUUCUGGAAUGUAGUGUAGACCAGCUCUAUAAUUGUAGACUUACCUACAAGUCUCCCUUGAAUUAAAGACCACUUUUGGUCUUCAGCAGCUUUGGUCUUUAACCAGAAUGAUGAAGAUAAAAGACAUUUGUUAAUUUGGGAUCACAGAAAAAUGGUCUUUAAUUGGAGGUGGUCUUUAAUAGAAGUAGUCUUUAAUUAGAGGGAGCACUUUACUGUAGUUAUGAUCUGUAUACAGGGAUAAAAAUCACCAUUUUGUAAACCAUAUUUAUAGAGGUUGACCGUUCUAGCAUAUCCUAGGAGGUUGGCUGAUAAUAUUCAGGAGGUCCUCUUAAAUAGAUGAAGUAACUUGAUGCUUUAUCAAAAGUGGAGAUUGGUUUUAGUCAUCAGAAAAAUCCUGUGCUGUUACUUACAGGAUUUGAACACAGGCAAGCUAUCUUAUGCUGGGCACCGGAUCGCGCGCACAACAGACGCACGCGCAACGGAUUGUUUUUAAGGACAAUUCGUUCAGACUGCUACCGACAGACGGCGUUGCGUCGUCUAUCACAAGGAGCGGAGUUGGAUUCAUCGUACGACAUACGAUGCAGUGCGUACCCGGCAUAAACUACCAAACUACAUCAUCACAUUUCUGGGUAUAAUAGGGGAUGCCCCAACAUAUGGGUUGGCAGAAUUGUUAAAAGAUAUAUAUUAUCCCUUGCAUCUUGAUUGACAAAGUCCCCCAAUGGAAGUGUUCUACAUUAUAUACAGCCAAAAUCCGAACUCAAGUGGAACUUACGCUGUCCCUUAUGGCAAGACCGAAUCCCUGGUUAAGGCUCACGCGAUCACAAAUGGAGUCGUGAUGUAGUUGCCACUUUAAGUGUUAUAGACUUAAAAUGAAUUGAGAUUAUUAAAUUGUUUGUAAUCAAUCCAAUAUCCAUGCGAUUAUCAAGAUUGUUCAGAAUAAUUUGGGAUAAUCCAGAUUAUUUAAUGAUAAUCCAAAAUUAUUAAGAGUGUGCUGUUUUUUUGUUUUUUUCUUCUUCUUUUUUUUUUUUAUCUGUACAGUGAUAUAAAUUUCUAUGUAAUAAAUAUUAGAAUAAACUAUUAUUUUUGUCUGUACCAAGUACGGUACUCUAUAUGAUAAUUGAUUAUAAAGUUGAUGAGAUGUCUAUUCCUUUUUUUGAAUUCAGAAAUAGAGCUUUAAAAUUGGAUCAUCUAAAUGUGUUGCCUGAAAGGCAUUACUGUAUAAAUAUUGAUAUUUAAUUCUAUACAGCAUGGUGCUCUAAGCCUAGUUGACCUUAAAAUAGUUAACCUUGCAAAGUGUGUCUAAGUAUAGAGACUACUCGGGUAAAAUUGGGUAUAAUAAGGCAAUUAUAUAACUAUUGCAGAGAUCUUGUCACACGUUCAUCAGGUCGAUAUAUCCAUAAGUCUAAGUAGUAGUUUUUACGAUGUGAUAAAAUCUUUUAAUGAAUUCUAAUUUCAGAACUCCACUGUAGGUAUCUCGAGAUUUAAGAUUUCCAUGGAAACAAAAGAGAAAUCAUUAAAUGCAGAAUUUGAUUCUGCAACAAUUGUUUUAAUAACGUUGGUGUUCACUUUAGACACUAAUGGUAUUUUAAAGACUGUCCAUUUGAUUAAAUUGCACUUUAGUGGCAUUGUA